GCGCGGGCGCGAUCUGGUAGGGGCUCCGGGUGGGCGGUGGCAGCAGCGGCGCCCCGCGCAGGCUGGAGGCCGCCGAGGCUCGCCAUGCCGGGAGGACUCUAGCUCCCCCAUGGAGUCGGCCGACUUCUACGAGGCGGAGCCGCGGCCCCCGAUGAGCAGCCACCUCCAGAGCCCCCCGCACGCGCCCAGCAGCGCCGCCUUCGGCUUUCCCCGGGGCGCGGGCCCCGCGCAGCCCCCAGCCCCACCUGCCGCCCCGGAGCCGCUGGGCGGCAUCUGCGAACACGAGACGUCCAUCGACAUCAGCGCCUACAUCGACCCGGCCGCCUUCAACGACGAGUUUCUGGCCGACUUGUUCCAGCAUAGCCGGCAGCAGGAGAAGGCCAAGGCGGCCGCGGUCCCCGCGGGAGGCGGCGGAGACUUUGACUACCCGGGUGCCCCUCUGGGCCCCGGCGGCGCCGUCAUGCCCGGAGGGGCCCACGGUCCCCCUCCAGGCUACGGCUGCGCGGCGGCCGGCUACCUGGACGGCAGGCUGGAGCCCCUGUACGAGCGCGUCGGGGCUCAGGCGCUGCGGCCGCUGGUGAUCAAGCAGGAGCCCCGCGAGGAGGACGAAGCGAAGCAGCUGGCACUGGCCGGCCUCUUUCCCUACCCGCCGCCGCCGCCGCCGCCGCCGCACCCACACCCACCGCCCGCGCACCUGGCCGCCCCGCACCUGCAGUUCCAGAUCGCGCACUGUGGCCAGACCACCAUGCACCUGCAGCCCGGGCACCCCACGCCGCCACCCACGCCAGUGCCCAGCCCGCACCCAGCGCCCGCGCUCGGCGCUGCUGGCCUGCCAGGCCCCGGCAGCGCGCUCAAGGGUCUGGCUGCCACACACCCAGACCUCCGAGCGGGCGGCGGCGGCGGCGGCGGCGGCAGCGGCGGCAGCAGCAGCAGCAGCAGCGCGGGCAAAGCCAAGAAGUCGGUGGAUAAGAACAGCAACGAGUACCGGGUGCGGCGCGAGCGCAACAACAUCGCUGUGCGCAAAAGCCGGGACAAGGCCAAGCAGCGCAACGUGGAGACACAGCAGAAGGUGUUGGAGCUGACCAGUGACAAUGACCGCCUGCGCAAGCGGGUGGAACAACUGAGCCGUGAACUGGACACGCUGCGGGGCAUCUUCCGCCAGCUGCCCGAGAGCUCCCUGGUCAAGGCCAUGGGCAACUGUGCGUGAGGCCCGCCAGGGACCGGCCCCUGGCUGGGACCCCGGGAGUGGUUUCGGGACUCGGGAUCUCAAGACUGUCCGAGCCCCGCAAGCCAGGACUAGGAGAUUGCGGUGCCGCCUGAAAGCUUGUCCUGUCCCGCGUGCCCCUCGCCUUCUCCGCGCCGGACUCGGUGCGUCUCAGUUGAGGGGUCAGGAAGUGGUUUCUCCCUGCAAGAGAGACGGGCCGUGGGGCUGAGCCGGGAGCCCGGCAACUCUAGUGUUAAGGAAUAACCUGUGCCUUGGGAACGCAAAUUCACUGCUCCAAUUCCUACCGAGUAGGGGGAGCAAAUAUGUGCCUUGUCAUUUUAUUUGGAGGGUUCCUGCCUUGUUCCUGAGGCUGCAGCAGGACCCCAUGAGAGAAGGAGGGCUGGGGGCCCUGGGUAGAAGGAAGGUUCUGGGAGCAGAAGUCCGGAGAAGCCAGCCCCAGCCGCUCCUCAGCGCCUGUCCUUGAAGAGGGCAAACGCAGAACUUGGGGCUUUGAAACUAAAGUGGCUCCCUGAGCUCUCUAUGAAGGUGGAGGGUCCCUAGUUCCUUGCCUCUAACCUCCUAGCCUGUAACAGGCUUCCUGGGCGGAACUCAUUGAGCUGGGGGGUCACCAGGUGGCCAGUGGGAACUCCCCACCCCCAGUCAGACCAGAAAGCUAGAGCACGAGUUAGCUGAGGGACUUGUGUUCACAGGAGUGGGCCCUCCUGGAAGAGGGGCCCUAGAGCUGUGGCUGGGGCCGGAGGGGGUGGAGGGACACCAGCACCUUCAGCCUUGUCUGUACUGUAUGUCGCCAGCAUCGCCGUACAAACACAUCAGUCCAUCCCAGAGGGACCGGAGUUAUGAGAAACUUUCCAAAUAUUUCGCUUUAUCAGCCGAUAUCAACACUUGUAUCUGGCCUCUCUGUGUCCCAGCGGUGCCUUGUGCAAUGGGAAUGUGCACGUCUAUGCUAAACCACCAUUUUAUUUGGUUUUUGUUUUGUUUUGGUUUUGCUCAGAUACUUGCCAAAAUGAGACUCUUCGUCAGCAGCAGCAGGGAGGGUCUGCGGCUCUCUUUCCUUUUGGUUUUGGGAUUGCUUUUGCUCCCAGGGGAACCAAUGAGGUGAGGUGGGCUUCCCCUUUCCCCGCAGCCCUCCCUGGGGGUGGUUAUGGGCCUCAGACCCCUCCGGCCUGGGCUGCCCACAGACUUGUCCCCCGGAGGCCCCGGCUCCCCGGCCUGGAAGGCAGGCGGCCUCCAGCCAGCAGGCCAGACCGCUGGGCCUGGGCGCAGGAAAGCUUGGUUCUCUUCUUUUGAGGAGAACGUCGAG